AAUGUUAGAAGCUGAAAGAAAAUAAGGAUAAUUCCCAUAAUUAGAGAUGUCACAUUUACUUUAUGGUGGCAAAGAGUACUUUGAUAAAUUUCUUGAAAGAUAAAACUUCUUUGAUAAUCAUCCUAUGUUCAAAGUUAAUCAUGAUUUUUACAAUAAAUCAAGAUAGGAUCAAGUUUAUAUUUUAUUUAUUAUUUAACUAAGAUUCUUUUGAAUGCUGAAAGAACAAUUGAAGCAUUCAAAACAAUACAAUUGGCUGAUCCCAAUUAUUAUACUCCAAAUGUACUAUGUCCAUAGGGUAUCUUCAUAUCUACAGUUCAUUUUGCCAUGGUCAUACCUGCAUUCUAAGUUUUGGCAUCAGAUGAAUAGAUUUCUAAAUGGAUGACUCUAUUAAAGAAUCUCAAUGCAUUCGGAUGUUAUGCCUAAACAGAAUUAGGUCAUGGUUCUGAUGUUUAGAACUUAUAGACAGUAGCUGUUUUUGAUAAAUAAACUUCAGAAUUUGUUAUCCACACUCCAAAUAUAGAAGCUACUAAAUGUAAUUCUAAAUUAUUUAAAUUUAGUUUGGCCAGGAGAAUUAGGAUUGUAUUGUGAAUUUGCCUUAGUAUUUGCUUAAUUACAAGUAGAUGGUAAAGGAUAUGGAGUACAUCCUUUUUGGAUUAGAAUAAGAGAUAAGGAGACUCAUAAACCAUUAUCAGGUAUUGAAAUUGGUGAUAUUGGUCCAAAAAUGGGUUAUUCAGUAAAAGAUAAUGGAUUCAUGAGUUUUGAUCAUUUUAGAGCUCCUUUGGAUAGUUUAUUAAAUAGAUACAUUAAAGUUAGUAGAGAUGGAAAAGUAGAAAGAUAAGGUAAUCCAAAAGUAGGAUAUGGAAGUAUGAUGUAUAUGAGAAAUAUUCUUUGUGAUCAAUAUACAAAAUUUGGUGGUAGAGCUUUAACAAUAGCUAUUCGUUAUUCAUUAUAUAGAAAAUAAUUUAAAGAUGAUAAUAAAUAAGAGAUAAGAAUUUUAGAUUAUUAAUGUUAAUAAUAGAAAUUAUUCCCAUUAUUAGCUGAAUUUUAUGCUUGUGUUUUUGGAAGUGUAAAAAUUAAAGAAUUAGUAAAUGAUAAUUUCAAUAGAAUAUCUUAAUAAAAUGAUUUUAGUUUACUUGGAUUAACUCAUGCUGUUUUAAGUGGAGCCAAAGCUAAUUAUACAUAUUUUGUAGCAAAUUGUGCAGAAUGGUGUAGAUUAAGUUGUGGAGGACAUGGAUUUGCUCAUUAUUCUGGAUUACCAGUCAUUUUCUUUGAAAUGUCUCCAAAUGUAAUAUAUUUAUUAAUUAUAUUUAGAUUACUUUAGAAGGAGAAAAUACUAUAUUAAAUUUAUAAUUAGCUAGAUACUUACUUAAAUAAUUAUAACAUAUAGUAUCAAAACCAAAUGCAGUUCCUGAAUUCUUUAAAUUCUUAUCAUAAGAAACAGUUAAAGUUGAUGAUGUUACAUCUCUUGAUAAUUUAAUUGCACUUCUAGGUUUAAAUUGUGCCAUUCUUACUAAAUAUGCUGCAUAAAAAUUAAUGUCUCAUUCUGAUAUGAAAGAAAGUUGGGAUACUAAAUCUGGCAUUGCUUUAGCUAAAGCUGCAUCUACAUUCAUUCCUUACUUUAAUAUGCUUUGUUUCUUAGAUACUAUUAAUAACAAAGCAAAAGAUACAAAGACAAUUUUAACAGUGUUAGCUAGAAUAUAUGGUAUUAGUAUGUUGUUGAAUAACAUGUAAGGAUUAUUAUUAAGUAAUAUAAUUUAUAUAAGAAAUAGAGAAUUAACUUAAUAGUCAAUAAAUAAAAACACUCUAAGACACAAGGGAAUCACUAUAUCCAAUUAUAAGAUUAAAUGCUUUAAGUUUAGUUGAAGCAUAAGGAUUGUCUGAUAAUUCAUUAUAAAGUUUGAUAGCUCCAAAAGAAGGUGAUGUUUAUAUGAACAUGUACAAUUUUGCUUCAAAAGAAAAUUCAUUAAAUAAAUAACAAGUACACAAUGGCAUUAGUUACAUUCAAAAAAUGAGAGAAGUAAAUGCUAAAUUAUGAUUU